AUGGACUCUCCAAACUCGGCCGACAGCUCGAACUUAUACCCCAUCAUUCCAGUCUAUGUGUACACCAGCCUGGAAAUCCUCCUGUCAGUCUCCCUGUUCACCCUGACGAGGGCGCCGCUGGAUAUCUCAAUCCCAGAUGUAGCCGCGUAUGCCGAUGUGGGCAUCGGUCUGGCGCUGGUCCUGUUCCUCCUGAUGAAGCGAUGGCCAUUCCUUGAAGACUCGGAUGACUUCAAACCCUCGGGCGAGUUCAUUUGUAAAGAAGAGUUCCUCGAACAACACGAGGAGAACAUGGAGCAUACCGCCGUUGGAGACGACACACGUAUUGACGAAGCUAUUACCUGUGACGAAACCGAGCGGAAUCCCGACCGCGAGUCAAUGAAGCACGAUCAUGACGAGACGCACGAAGAGCGACAGGAAGAGAUGCAGGAAGAGAGAUCUGAAGAACACCAGAAUAAGAACAAGACCGUCAGCCAUACCGUCGAUGUCGACGACGAUGAUCUCACCCUGCGGCAAAACGAUCUUCCCGUCUGGCCUUCCAUCACGCCGGAUCCCCACGCAGGUCGCAAACCCAAGAAGGUCCGAUCGGCGUGGCACCCCGGGUUCGAGAACGAGUCGCACGAGUACAUCAAGGAGAGACGAACGUCGGGGAUCGUGCAGAUGGCGAGAGCCUGCUCGCGCCCCGUUUCGACAGUCUCUCAGUGGAUGCGACGCGGAGAAACGGUGGGCCCGGGCGCUGUCUCUGACGAUCGGGAGGCACCAAACCGGAAUUUGACCUCGCGUGUGCUGCACGCCGGGGCUCUUUCCAACGGUCUCGAUCCGUCCGCGAGACGCUGUGCGCACGUCGACCGGUGGUGGGUUAACCGUGCAGCGGCUGUCUCGGAGUGGUCGGUUCGAGAGUGUUUCGCAUUCCAUACCACCCAGGCGAUCGACCACCCCCGCUCAGAGGAGCAGGCAACAACUGGUCUGGCGUGUGGUUGGCUCAAGGAUGCCUACGCACGAGUCACCCUGGAUCGUCCAUACCUGCUCUAUCGGGGUGUUCUGCUGAUGACUCGCAUGCAUUGA